GAGUCGGAUGAGUCAGACUCUCUCCAGAGCCAAGUGAUGGAGACGCAUCCGAGUCCCGUGGCCGAGCUGGAGGAGGAAACUGCUGAGGAGGCGGAUGUUACGGAGCUGAAGGAUUGUAGUGUCGUGCUGGACCGUUUCUGGGCUGACGACAAGGCUGCAAGAAGAGAGCUUGAAGAGAGAGACGAAAUGAACCGCAAAGGUGGGAAACCCGUCUCCCGAAUCCCUACUUUCCUCAAACGACCUAACAGUGCGAGCCAGGACCGGGAGCUGCCUCUUCCCAGAAAAGAUACCCCCGUCCACGUAGCUCAGCCUCCCAAGAAAGCUGGAAGUGGAAGCGUCGAGGCCUCGAAGUCAAAGCCGAGCGACGGCAGAGAAACCGCACUCCCCCUGCUGUCGGUACGCACCCCCAAGAUCGGCUUUGAAGCCCCUUCUCCGUUCAUCAGCACGGAGCACGCCACUGCAGCGGCCCAUAGUUCUCUAAUCACUACACCAAAGAGCUGGAGUCUGUCUGAGUCUGUGCAGUGCCCUCUUAUGACUGUAAGCCCCAGGCCCGCACUCAGACCAGAGCGAGGGUCAGAGCAACAGUUACCAGACAAAAGCAAAACCUUUGAACUAGUAGCUGACACCCUCCCGGACGCCCCCAUAUCUCUACUUCCACAUGAGGGCCCCAUCAGCCAAAAGCCACCGAAAGACACAGAGGAGAAGCACGAUGCUGCGGUUAAAAGCAGGGUUACCCUCUCUCCCUCCGGAGAUACCAGAAAGUCGGAGACUGCGGAGAUCCUUCAGGCACCCGGGCUGAGCAAAGAGGAGGCUAUCAUGGACGAAGAGCCGCCGUGGGAGACGGAACCGCUGAACACACUUGAAUUAAAGGACAGCAGAUCUUCGUCAGACGUUGAAUGUGAGGAUGACUCGGCAGGCGAAAAGUCUGAGGGCCGUGAGUCAGGAGAGGUGAAGGAGCUUCAUGCAUUACCACUUACGAGCGAGUUGGAGCCUUCAGAUCCCGCGAUGGAAAGAGCCGGUGUUGAUGAAUCGACCUCUCCUGUGGCACCCGAGAAGGCUGCGAAAGCUCGAUCAGCCAAGAGCUCUGGGUGCUCCAGUUUCUCCCUCUUCUACAUCCUGCCCACCACCCUGCUGUUCCUAGGGGGGUUUGGCCAGCAUGUUUGGCACUAUGGCUUUCCCAUGUCUGUGGCUCAGCUCACAGCUCAGCUGGAACUGAACAUGCUGGAGGGCUUCGGCUUAGUGCCAGAGCCCUGCAGCACUGACUGUAGAGUGCGUCUGGUGGAGAGCAUCCCUGUAGGCCUCUACCCGUCUACUCCCUCGCCCAGACAGAGCAUCGCAGACAGCUGGCUACAUCUGCUGGACAAGGCCGACAGCUCGGUCAACAUCGCCGCUUUCUACUUCACACUACGAGGCAACGACUCCGCUGAGUCCACUGACUCUCAGGGAAGAGCGGUCUUUGAGCAGCUUAAACAACUUGAAUCCAAAGGUGUGAAACUCCAGAUUGCCGUCAACGCCCCCCAGACCUCAACUCUAGACACAGCAGAAUUAGCAGCAACAGGUGCAGAAGUCAGAGAGGUGGACCUCAAGGCUGUCACUGGAGGCAUUGUCCACACCAAGCUGUGGGUGGUGGAUCAAAAGCACUUGUACUUGGGUAGUGCCAACAUGGACUGGCGCUCUCUAAGUCAGGUGAAGGAGGUCGGCCUGUCGGUGGAGGACUGCAGCUGUCUGGCCCAGGAUGCGUUUCGGAUCUUUGGGGUGUACUGGAGCCUCGGCGGCGCGAGCAACGGCUCCCUGCCACCGUACUGGCCGGCUCGUCUCACUGCCCUGUCCAGCUCCCAGAAUCCCCUGCACCUGAAGUUCAACGGUGUGCCUGCUCAAGUCUAUCUGUCUAGUGCCCCUCCGCAGAUCUCCGCUCGCGGCCGCUCAGAUGAUCUCUCCACCAUCCUGUCCGUCAUCGACGACGCCCAGAAAUUCAUCUACAUCUCUGUCAUGGACUAUCUUCCUCUGUCUGAGUACACAGAGCCACUCAGGUUCUGGCCCGCCAUCGACUCGGCGCUGCGUGCUGCAGCCUGCACCAGAGACGUACAGGUGAGACUCCUGGUGAGCUGCUGGAAACACUCACCUGGCGCCAUGUUCACCUUCCUGCAGUCCCUGCUGGUGCUCAACAAGCCUCCACUGAAGUGUGACAUCGACGUGAAAAUCUUCACAGUGCCUUCAACAGCAGAGCAGAUGAAGAUUCCCUUUGCACGAGUCAAUCAUGCCAAGUACAUGGUCACAGACAGAGUGGUCUAUAUAGGGACGUCCAACUGGUCGGAGAACUACUUCACCCAGACAGCCGGCGUGGGCUUGGUAGUCAACCAGACCGGCUCUGAGGUUAAAAAAGGCCAAGAGACUCUGCAGAGUCAAGCAGAGGAGCUCUUCCUCAGAGACUGGACGUCCCAGUAUGCCAGCACGCUCUCUGUUGGCGCCGCGGACGCCUGCCCUCGUGGUCCACACUGAGGGUUCGCUGUUCAAUAAAGCACCUUGCAUUGUAGAUGAGCAUCACGCUUGUUCCUGCCACUUGAAUUUUAUUUUUUACUUGUGAAGAAUCCGCUUGCUGUACUGUGUGAAUGAACACUGUUUAUUUUGUUGCUGUAACCUGAUUCGCUGCCUGAUUCUUUUUUUGUACAUAAUUGCGUUUUUUAUAUUUCGUUUCAAAAACAGGUUAUUUUUAUACUCUGUGUAUUGUUCCGACAAUUGUCUUACAUGAGUUAAGACGCAAGGGAAUCCGCUUUGUACAAUUAAUUUUAUGCCUGGAGCAUUUUUUUUUUAUACUUUUGCCAAAGAGGUGCGAGAGGUGGUCAGAUGUGUGUGUUGUAUAUUUCUCUUCUCUGGCUCCUGUUGCUGUAUUGAUAAUUACGGAAUAUCCAUAUCCUUCAUCAUUUUCUGACCAGGGUUAUCUAUUGUAUGCUUGAGGUCUUGUUUCUGUUAUCAGUACACAUGCUGCAUCAGUUCGUACUAUUCAACUUCCUGACUCUGGAUGAAACAGGAGCAGUUUACUGUAUAAAUAAAACCUGGUUGGUGAUCUCUGAAAGCUUCUUGAGUUAAACAUUGCUCCACUAAUGCAGUCAUAGUGGUUUUAAGUGUUGAGUUGACCAGAGUCACCAAACCUUUUCAUACUUACCUCUCCAUGCAGUUCCUUUUGGUUCAAGACUUAAGGAUUUAAUUUGUGGUGCUCCAAACAUCAACAACUCUACAUGCUGUACAUGCUAUCAGCUCUGUGUACUUGGACAUAGUGGUGCUUUGAACUAACAUGAUAACAGUAAAAGCGAAUGUGAAGCAGGUAUAAUGUUCACCAUCUUAGUUUAGCAUGUUAGCAUGCGACAUUUAUUAAUUAGCACUAAAGUACAGCUGAUGGGAAUGUCAGUAGUUUUGUAUCUGCUCAUAAACCAAAGUACUGGACACAGCUGAAGAUCCCCUCCAGAUGUUUUAAGACAAAUAAAAAGGCUCUGCUUGGAAUAAUAAUGUGUCUGAAAUGUUUGUUUUCUUCCACAAAGAAGUUCAAGAACUUCCUAAAAUGACAUCCAC